ACUCAGUAACAUACCUUUCCUUCAUGGUACCACAAGUCACAACGGAUAUAUCCACUCUACGCUCAAUUCAAUUGUGUGUGUCUUUUUUUUUUUUCUUUUUAAUUUAGUUUAUUUAGUUUGUGAUUUUUAUUUUAAUUUGUAAUUAGAAAAUUUAAAUAAGCGAAAUACUUGUGUAUUAUGUUGUUUGUUAUAAAUUUUAAAAAUGGCGAUUUUUUUUUAUUUAUUGUAUAUUUAUAAUAUAACAAUUGAUUAGUAUAUUUUUGCAAGUGCGUGAGUUAAAUUUUUUUUUUUUUUAUUUUGUACUUAUUGGAAUUUAAUUGGAGUUUAUUAAUUUUUUGAGAGUGAAGUUGACUUGACCGAAAUGAGGAUAGGUGGAUUGAUGUUUAUCUUAAAAAAAUAUCCUGUAAUUAUUUUGAAUAAACAACUGACAACGCAUAAAAAAAGUCUUCAUAUUAAAAAAAAUUUAAUAUAAAAUAUCAGGAAUUAUAAAAACCAAAUAAAAAUACACUUAAAUAUCUUCCAUAAUAGUGUUACUAGCUUCCAAGCAAAAAUUCCAAAUAACUAAAGAAAAAGAAGAGGAAGAAAAGAGAGAUAUUUAAAAAAAGCUAAUAUAUAUAUAAAUAAUUUAUUUAUAAAAAAAUAAUUAUAAUAAUAAUUAAGUUAAGAUAAAGAAAUAUGGCAACGAUGGCUGGAGGUGAAUACACGUCUGUCAAAGAUUUCUACAGAGGUAGAUCAAUAUUUAUAACUGGUGGUACUGGUUUCAUGGGUAAAGUAUUGGUUGAAAAAUUGCUGAGAUCAUGUCCAGAUAUUAAAAAUAUAUAUCUUCUUAUGAGACCAAAAAGAGGACAAAAUGUUGAAGAAAGAUUAUGUGAACUUUUAAAUGCACCGCUUUUUGAUAGAUUACGUCAUGACAGUCCAAAUGAAUUGUCAAAAAUUGUUCCAAUUGCUGGUGAUGUAACUGAGCCAGAAUUGGGAAUAUCAAAAGAAGAUCAAGAAACAUUGACAAUACAUGUUUCAGUUGUUUUUCAUUCAGCAGCAACUGUUAAAUUUGAUGAAGCACUUAAAUUAUCUGUUACAAUUAAUAUGCUUGGUAGUGAAAGACUAGUACAACUUUGUCAUCGUAUGAUUAAUCUUGAAGCACUGAUUCACGUAUCAACAGCAUAUUGCAAUUGUGAUCGUAGUGAUGUAGCUGAAGAGAUAUAUCCACCACCACAAGAUCCAAAACAAGUGAUAGCAUGUACCAGAGGUAUGGAUGAUAAACUUGUUGAAGAAUUAACACCAAGAUUAAUUGAAGGUAGACCAAAUACCUAUACAUUUACAAAAGCACUUGCUGAAACAAUGCUACAAGGUGAAAGUGGUUCAUUGCCAGUUGCAAUUGUUAGACCGUCAAUUGUAUUAUCAUCAAUAAGAGAACCAAUGGCUGGUUGGGUUGAUAAUUUAAAUGGACCAACUGGUAUCAUUGCUGCUGCUGGUAAAGGAAUAUUCAGAACAAUGCUUUGUCAUGAAGAAAAUGUUGCUGAUUUUGUACCAGUUGAUAUUGUAAUAAAUUUAAUGAUUGUCGCAGCAUGGAAAACAGCAACUCAUCGUGCUGAUACAAUAACUGUUUAUAAUUGUUGUACAGGUGUACAAAAUCCAAUAACAUGGAAAAAAUUUAUUGAUUUGGCAUUUAAAUAUACACGUUUACAUCCAGCAAAAGAUGCUGUUUGGUAUCCAGGUGGUAGAUGUCAAAAAUAUAGUUUGAUUAAUAGUGUAUCAGUUACAUUACAACACAUGAUACCAGCACAUAUACUUGAUAUGAUUGCUAGAUUUAAAGGUUCACGUCCAAUAAUGUUACGUAUACAAUCAAAAUUAGCUAAAGCAGCAACAUGUCUUGAAUAUUUUACAACACAACAAUGGAAAUUUCGUGAUGAUAAUGUUAGAAAACUUGCUGAACAAUUAACAAAUGAAGAUCGUCAAACAUUUAUGUUUGAUGUUAAACAAAUUGAUUGGCCAUCAUAUUUAGAAAAUUAUAUUUUGGGAAUACGACAAUUUAUAUUAAAAGAAAGUCCAGAUACAUUACCAGCAGCACGUUCACAUCUUAUCAAAUUAUAUUGGCUACAAAGAGCAAUGCAAUUUGGUGUUGCAAUUAUUGUACUUCGUACAUUAUUUUCACGUAGUACUGCUGCAAGAUCAGCUUGGUUUAUGCUUAUGUCAAUUGUGCUUCGUAUUUGUCGUAUGAUUGUUUGACGGCUCAGUCUUCAUAAUAUAAAUUUAAAUUAUAAAAAUAUUGAUAAUAAAAUAAUCGCACAUAAUGCGAAUAAUAAUAAUAAUACGCCAAUCACCAUUAAAAAUAAUAAUUUGCAUUUUUUUAAAUUAAAAAUUUAUCUUCGACUUCCACUGCUCAGUAAUACGAAAAAAAUAACAAGUAAAAUGCGCUUUAUCAUAAAUUCAAGAGUUUAUAAAAUGUCUCUUCUUCCUUAUAUUAAUUUUAUUUUUUUCGAAAAUUAUAAAUUUUUAAAAUACAAUUUUAUUGUUAUGCGAAAUAUUUAAUUAUUAUUAUUAAAACAACAAGAAAAUUUACAAAAAAAAUAACGUAUAAAAUGAUAAAAGUCAAGACUCGUAAUUAAAAAUAACAAUAAUAAUUUUAAAAAAUAACUAAAAGAAUGAAUAGAAAAAAUAAUAUUCAAUUGUAGCAUGAUUUUUUUUGUUUGUUUGAGAUGAUUGUGUGAGUGUUUGUCUUUUAUUUUUUAUUUUUAUUUAUCAUUAUUUUACAAUUUUUUUUGAUGAUGAUUUGAGAAUAUAUGGCGUUUGAAUUUUAAUUAGUUUAAUUUUUGUUUGCAAGUUCAUUCUAAAUGAUGGUUGUGCGUUAAAAUAUCGGAAUUUUUAUUAUAAAUAAUAUCAAGAUAUUAAUUUUUAUAAAAAUUAAUAAAAUAAUUAUUUCUAUUUGAAUUUUUUAAUUAUUUUAAAUUCUGAAAUUUUCGAUUUAGAUUUGGUAAAUUAAUCUUGUUGAUAGUAAAUUUUAAAAAUUUUUAUAAAAAGUACGAUUUAAAGAACUUGAGGUUUUAAUUAUGAGUUGAAAAAGUUAUUAUUAACAAGAUUAAUUUAACAUAUUUAAAUGCAGAAUUUGAGAAUUUAAAAUAAAUGACAAAAUUCGAAAAUAAAAAAUUUUAAUUCUUUACAACAUCUAUUCAAAAUACAUUAAUAUAUUUAAAAUAUAUUGAUAAAUUUUAUUUUAAUUUGCUCUUUGAAAGUUUAGAGCAAAAUUUAUUCAAAAAUACCAAUGAAAAAAUAACAAAAUAAAUAAACAAAUAAACAACCAAAAAAAAAAUAUUUAAAAAUCAUAAAAUCGGCGAUUUUUUUUUUAUGGUAAAAAAUAAAAAUCAGCGUUAUAAAAAUAAAAAAUAUAUAUCUUGCCUAUUAUUAUUAUCACAUAUGUCAAUGAUUAAAAAAAAAAAUUAAAUACAUUGUCAAACAAGCUACGAAAUCGAUGAAAAAAAAACUAAAAUAGCUAAAAGAAAAUGAAAUUGUCUAAAGCGAAAAAUAUAAUUGACAAUUUUUGAAUGAGAGUUAACCUUUGUGUGAAAAUAAAAUAUAAAAAUAAUUAACAAAAUAUUUAAAUAAAACAGCAUUAAUAUAAAAAAUAAAAAAAAUGAAAUAAAAAAUAUAAAAUAUGAAAAAAAAAAAAAUAAAAAUAUCGUAGAAAUUAGUUAGAUGAAGAAUUGUAAAUACAAAGUUGUUGAAGGUUGUGAUG